AAGGGAAAUCAAUAUCUAUAUAUUCACCACUCUCACACUCAAUCUCUCAGUAGCAGACUUGCAGAGAAAGAGAAAGAGAUCUGACCCAAAUCGAAAAUGGAGCAGUUCAAAGGCCAGCCUCGCCUUCCCAAAUUCGCCGUCCCCAAACGCUACGACAUCAGGCUCAAACCCGACCUCAUUUCCUGCAAGUUCGCCGGCACCGUCGCCGUCGACGUCGACGUCGUCGCCGACACUCUAUUCAUCGUCCUCAAUGCCGCCGACCUCUCCGUGGAUUCCGCCUCCGUCUCUUUCACCGACCGAAACUCCUCCGAGGUCUUCCGGCCUUCAAAGGUGGAACUUCUUGAAGAAGAUGAGAUUUUGGUCUUGGAGUUCGCAGAGACACUUCCUAUCGGAGUGGGAGUUUUAGCUAUUGGGUUUGAAGGGAUCUUGAAUGACAAAAUGAAGGGAUUUUAUAGAAGUACUUACGAGCAUAACGGUGAGAAGAAGAAUAUGGCAGUUACACAGUUUGAACCGGCUGAUGCUAGGAGGUGCUUUCCUUGUUGGGAUGAGCCCGCUUGCAAGGCUACGUUCAAGAUUACAUUGGAUGUGCCAUCUGACUUGGCAUCCCUUUCCAACAUGCCAGCCAUUGAAGAAAAAGUGGAUGGACAUCUUAAGACGGUUUCAUAUCAAGAAUCACCAAUAAUGUCUACAUAUUUAGUGGCAAUCGUUGUUGGUUUGUUUGAUUACGUGGAAGAUCACACGUCUGAUGGGAUCAAAGUUCGAGUGUACGGUCAAGUUGGUAAGGCAAACCAAGGAAAGUUUGCGUUGCAUGUUGCUGUUAAGACACUUGAAUUAUACAAAGAGUACUUUGAGGUGCCAUAUCCUUUGCCCAAAUUGGACAUGAUUGCUAUCCCUGAUUUUGCUGCUGGGGCCAUGGAGAAUUAUGGUUUGGUUACUUACCGUGAAACAGCUUUGCUCUAUGAUGAUCAACAUUCUGCAGCUGCCAACAAGCAAAGGGUUGCUACCGUUGUAGCCCAUGAACUAGCGCACCAAUGGUUCGGCAAUCUGGUAACCAUGGAGUGGUGGACACAUCUAUGGCUGAAUGAGGGAUUUGCAACAUGGGUGAGCUAUUUAGCAACGGAUAGCUUGUUCCCUGAGUGGAAAGUAUGGACUCAGUUUCUUGAUGAAUCUGUUGAGGGUCUCAGGCUGGAUGGGCUUGAAGAAUCUCACCCCAUUGAGGUGGAGAUAAAUCAUGCUUCUGAGAUAGAUGAAAUAUUUGAUGCAAUAAGCUAUAGGAAAGGUGCUUCUGUAAUUCGAAUGCUACAAAGCUAUCUUGGUGCUGAACCCUUUCAGAGAUCACUUGCUUCAUACAUAAAAAAACAUGCUUACUCAAAUGCAAAGACGGAAGAUUUAUGGGAUGCUCUUGAAGAGGGAUCUGGUGAACCGGUGAACAGGCUAAUGAAUUCAUGGACGAAGCAACAAGGAUACCCUGUUGUGUCUGUCAAAGUCAAAGAUCAGAAAUUGGAGUUUGAGCAGUCGCGAUUCCUGUCAAGUGGUUCCCAUGGGGAUGGGCAAUGGAUUGUCCCUAUCACAUUAUGCUGUGGCUCAUAUGACAAGUGCAAAAGUUUCCUAUUAGAAGCAAAGUCUGAAACUCUUUAUGUGAAUGAAUUCCUGGGUUGCUCAAUUUCAGGUGAUAGAAACAGUGCUACUUGUUCUUGGAUAAAACUUAAUGUGGAUCAGGCAGGUUUCUAUAGGGUGAAAUACGAUGAGCAGCUUGCAGCUAGACUAAGAUACGCAAUUGAAAAGAACGACUUGUCUGCAACAGACAGAUUUGGAAUUUUGGAUGAUUCAUUUGCCCUGUGUAUGGCUCGCCAGCAGUCGUUCGUCUCCUUGCUUACCUUGAUGAGUGCUUACAGGGAAGAACUUGAAUAUACUGUCCUCUCUAACUUGAUUACUAUAAGUCACAAACUAGUAAGGAUUGCAGCUGAUGCUGUACCUGAGCUGCUAGAUCUCAUUAAACUAUUUUUUAUCGGCCUUUUCCAAAACGCUGCAGAGAAGCUUGGUUGGCAGCCUAAAGCUGGCGAGAGCCAUUUAGAUGCCAUGUUGAGAGGAGAGGUUUUGACUGCCCUUGCUGUAUUCGGACAUGAACCCACACUGACUGAAGCAAGUAGACGUUUUCAUGCAUUCUUAGAUGACAGAAAUACACCUCUCCUUCCUCCCGAUAUAAGAAAGGCGGCAUAUGUGGCUGUAAUGCUGACAGCCAAUGCAUCAAAUAGAUCGGAUAAUGAAUCUCUUCUGGGAGUAUAUAGAGAGAGUGAUUUGAGCCAGGAGAAAACACGCAUUUUAGGUUCCUUGGCAUCUUGUCCAGAUCCCACUAUAAUUUUGGAAGUUCUGAACUUUUUGCUUUCUUCUGAGGUCCGUAGCCAAGAUGCUGUUUUUGGACUUGCUGUUGGCAUAGAAGGACGUGAAGUAGCUUGGACGUGGCUGAAGGAUAACUGGGAGCACAUCUCAAAAACCUGGGGUUCUGGAUUUUUGAUUACUCGCUUUGUCAGCGCAAUCGUCUCACCGUUUGCUACAUUUGAGAAGGUCAAGGAUAUAGAGGAGUUCUUUGCGAGCCGUACUAAGCCCUCAAUAGCUAGAACCUUGAAGCAGAGCAUUGAGCGAGUGAACAUUAAUGCAAAGUGGGUUCAGAGCGUUCAGAGCGAGAGCCUGCUCCUCUAUUCAAAUUAA